AUGAUCCCGGUUGCUGUUAUCUCCACUGACCAAGGUGACAAAGAGCUUCUGGCCCAUGGGCACAGCCAUGCAGAUGGACACAGCCAUGGGCAUAGCUUUCAUAGUCAUGACAUGGCCGUUGGAAUGUGCAUUUUGUCUGGUAUUAUUGUCUUCCUCGUGGCCGAUAAAUGUGGACAGUUUUUAAGAUACAGGUGUUGUAGGGAAACUGAUCAUGAAAAUGUUUCAUCUGAUAGUCACUUGUCAAGCACAAGUAACUCUUCGCCUGGUAAUAAAAGUAGCACAAAGAAGCCAGGUCAUUCUUUUAAUGAUAAGAACAAUAGCACAAAGAGGGUUGACAAUAAUUCACUGGAGAAGACAAAUCGCAGAAAAAUAAUUGAUAUAUCUGCUGGUUUUAUUCCUGAUAUUAAAGUUACCGGCUAUUUGACUUUGGCAGCAGAUUUUGCCUACAACUUCACAGAUGGCCUGGCUAUUGGAGCCUCAUUUAUGGCGGGAGGCAAUAUAGGAACGGUUACAAGUCUGACUAUAUUCGUGCAUGAGCUUUCUCAUGAAAUUGGGGACUUUGCAAUCCUUGUACAAUCUGGUUAUAGCAAAGGAAAGGCAGUGUUACUUCAGUUUUUGACUGCUUUGGGAUCAUUGCUGGGUACAGUGUACAGUUUAACCCUGCAUGAAACCACAAGGUCCGCAACAUCGUGGAUUUUGCCUUUCACUGCUGGCGGCUUCAUCUAUAUAGCCCUAGUCUCUGUCAUUCCUGAGCUUCUGGAAAAAUCCAGAACAUGGCAGAGUAUUAAAGAAAUCCUGGCUAUGAUAGUGGGGGUGUUUCUAAUGGUGCUGGUUGCCCUCUAUGAGUGA